UCUUUUAUUUUCUUUUCUAUAUCACCCUCAAGAAACAAUGUCUCCGAAAGUUCUCCCGUGGUUAAGCCUCGUCGCUGUCCUCUGGCUUCAAUCUUUCAAUGGCACUAACUUGAGUUUCCCAGCUUACUCUUCACAGCUGAAAGAGUUUCUCUCAAUCUCUCAGUUUAAGCUAAACUAUCUCUCGUUCGCCUCCGACGCCGGGAAAGUACUCGGUUUCAUCUCCGGGAUCGCCGCCGUAUAUCUUCCUCUCCCUCUUGUCCUUCUCGUCGGAGGGUCACUAGGUUUUGCCGGCUACGGUCUCCAGUAUCUCUCCAUCGUCAAAAAUAUGUUUACAUUAUCGUUCCCACAGAUCUGGUGUCUUAGUUUCUUGGCCGGGAACAGUAUCUGUUGGAUCAACACGGCUUGUUACAUCGUGGCGAUCAACAGUUUUCCAAUGAACCGUCAAGUCGCCGUGGGGAUCACGGCGAGUUUUCAAGGUUUGAGCGGGAAGAUAUACACCGACAUGGUCAACUCGUUUUCCAACUCGUCUCCACGCGAAGCAGCUUCGGGUUAUCUCUUGCUCAACUCUCUCGUUCCAUUGGUCGCUUGUUUCGUGACGGCUCCUAUGUUGAUGAGACACGGAGGAGAUAAGACGACGUCGUCUACUAAAGAUGUUAAAGUAGGGUUCAUCGUUUUGUUCGUCUUGACUAUAGCCACGGGGAUCUACGCGGUGGCUACGAGUCUUCUCUCAGCUCCUACGGUUUUAGUACUCGUCGGCAUUACUCUGUUUCUUUUUUCUCCUAUCGGUAUACCAAUUGGAGUUUGGUUCAAAGAGUUUGUGUCCUCUAGGAAAACACAACAAAAGGUACACGAUCUUGAAGCUCCCGACAAAUUCGAACUCGUAGAAGAAGAAGAUCACACGAAAGAAGAAGAAGAAUUCGAGAAGGCAAUAGUUGGAGUUAAAGAAGAGGUCGAGUGGACACAACUAUGGAAGAAACAGGACUUUUGGAUAUAUUUUGGACUUUAUUUAUUCGGUCCAACGGUGGGGCUAGUGUUUAUGAACAACCUUGGUCAGAUUGCUGAAUCUCGCGGCUGCACCGCAACUAGUUCCUUGGUUGCUCUCGCGUCGUCGUUUGGAUUUUUUGGCCGCUUGCUUCCUUCGUUACUCGACUACUUCUUCUCUAGGAGCAAAUACAUGCCGUCAAGUCCGGUCUCUAUGGCGGUUUCAUUGGUAGCCAUGGUAGCUUCGUUUCUCCUCCUCCUGGUCGACUCCGAUAUCUCUCUAUUCAUCAGCACGGCGGUGAUCGGAGUCUUUUCCGGCGCCUUGACUUCACUAUCCGUCACAAUGACCGCAGAGCUUUUUGGGACGAAGCAUUUUGGAGUUAACCACAAUAUUGUUGUUGGAAACAUUCCCAUCGGAUCUCUUGCUUUCGGUACGUUAGCCGCUAAAGUUUACCGCGACGGAGCCGCUCUCUACGGGGAUGACGGCAAGUGUUUUGGGAUGCAUUGCUUUCAAAUCACUUUGGUAUAUUGGGGAAUGCUGUGUUCGAUAGCCGCUGUCCUCGCCACUGUUUUGUAUCUACGCAACCGCAAGUUCUAUUCACAGAAGCCGUAGAAGAAGAAGAUGAAGUAGAACAAGAAGUUUUUAAUGGCAAAACGUAGCGUUUUCCGUCGUUAUCAGGCUAAGCAAUAUGUUUUGGUAACAUCCAUAAUUUUGUAUUUAACCGAUAUAAACCGGUUUAAGAGUAACCGGUACUCAGGUUUUUUUGUAUAUGAGAUUAGUAAGGAUGUAAAAAAUUAGAUAGAGAGAAACAAAAUGAUGUAUACUGAAAUCGAAUUUUUAUAAAGAUCCUUUAU